AUGAAAUCUUUGACUUGUUAUGAAGUAUGCUCUCUAGCUUAUUGCCUUCUCUUGUAUGUUCAGCUGCUUCCAUCACCAAAUUUCCUUCAAUUAGCUUCUGCUACUUCUACUGAUGAGGCAAAAGCUCUUCUCAAAUGGAAAGCCACCUUUCAAAAUCAAACCCACAACAAAUAUCUGUCCUCAUGGGCUUACCCUCCCAGUAAUAAUUCCACCAACUCUUCCCGCAAUCCUAUAACAAAAGCAAGCCCAUGCACUUGGGCUGGUGUUUCAUGCAAUGCUGCUGGAAGUGUCAUCAAGAUAAACCUUACCGAGUCUGGUUUACAAGGUACGCUACAUGAUUUCUCAUUCAUGUCCUUCCCUAAUCUUGAAUAUGUUGACCUCAGCAUGAAUAAUCUGUUUGGUUCCAUCCCACCUCAAAUCAGUUUCCUCUCCAAACUCAGUUAUCUUGAUCUCUCUUCUAAUCAGUUGUCUGGGAGAAUCCCGCCAGAAAUCAGUCUCCUAAGAAAUCUUACCAUUCUCCAUCUCUUUUUAAAUAACAUUUCUGAUAAUAUUCCAAAAGAGAUGGGAAACUUGAAAUCUCUUGUUGAUUUGCGGAUUAGCGGUAAUCAACUCAAUGGUUCAAUCCCCACAUCCCUAUGUGAUCUAGACCUUACCAUUCUCUAUCUAAGUAAUAAUAAUCUUUCUGGAGCCAUUCCUGAAGAGAUAGGAAAUCUGAAUUCUCUCAUCGAUCUAGAAAUUACCGAUAAUCAACUCAAUGGUUCAAUCCCGACAUCACUAGGUCAUCUAACAAACCUUAUGAUUUUCUAUGCCAGCAACAAUAAUCUUUCUGGAACUAUUCCUGAAGAGAUAGGGAACCUGAAAUCUCUGACGGAGCUAAAGUUGCAAGGGAAUCAAUUCAAUGGUUCAAUCCCAACAUCACUAGGUGAUUUGACAGACCUCACCGUUCUCUAUCUCUUUAAGAAUACUCUUUCGGGGACUAUUCCUAAAGAGAUAUGGACCAUGAAAUCUCUUGUGCAGCUAUCUUUGAGUGAUAAUCAAUUGGAUGGUUCAAUCCCGACAUCAUUAAGUGAUCUGACAAACCUUACUCAUCUCAAUCUCUAUACUAAUAAUCUUUCUGGCACUAUUCCUAAAGAGAUAGGGAACCUAAAAUCUCUUUUGGAGCUAUCUUUGUCAGAGAAUCAAAUGGUUGGUGCAAUCCCGACAUCAAUCGGUGAUCUGAAAAAUCUUACCAUUAUCUCUCUCUCUAGCAAUUUUCUUUCUGGCACCAUUCCUGAUGAGAUAGGGCACUUGAAAUCACUUACUGAGCUAGAUUUGAGCAUUAAUAAACUCAAUGGUUCAGUUCCCACUUCAUUGGGUGAACUAAGAAACUUAGAAGCCUUAUUUCUGCGUGACAAUAAACUUUCUGGGUUGAUUCCCCAAGAGAUAGGAAAUCUAAAGAAGUUGGAAGAAUUGGAGCUGGGGUUUAAUCAAUUUGUUGGUUCUUUGCCUCAAAACCUUUGCCAACACAGAUGGCUUUCAAAGCUUCUAGUGAACAACAACAGUUUCAUUGGUCCAAUUCCCAAAAAAUUGAAAACAUGCACGAGCUUAUUGAGAGUCCGUCUUGAUGGGAACCAAUUCACAGGAAACAUAUCUGAAGAUUUUGGCGUGUACCCGAAUCUUCAAUAUAUAGAUUUAAGCGACAACAACUUGCAUGGUGAAGUGUCACGCAACUGGGGACAGUGCCCACAAUUAGGAAGCUUACUAAUUGCCAAAAACAACCUUACUGGUACCAUACCACCGGACAUCGGCAACGCAACCCAAAUUCAUGAACUUGAUCUUUCUUCAAAUCAUUUAGUUGGGGUGAUUCCGAAGGAAUUCGGAAGACUGACUUCAUUGGUGAAGUUGAUGUUGAAUGGAAAUCAACUUGUGGGUCGUAUACCUUCGGAAUUCGAAUCAUUAACUGAUCUUGAAUAUCUAGAUAUCUACACAAACAAAUUCAAUGAGCCAAUUCCAAGCAUUCUUGGUGACUUGUCCAAAUUACACUACUUGAAUUUGAGCAACAACAAGUUCAGUCAAGCAAUUCCUUUCCAGUUGGGGAAGUUAGUUCAACUGUCCCAAUUGGAUUUAAGUCAUAACUCACUUGAAGGUAAGAUACCAUCAGAAUUAAGCACUAUGGAGAGUCUGGAGAAGCUCAAUCUGUCCCACAACAAUCUUUCUGGUUUCAUUCCCACAAGCUUUGAAGGCAUGCACGGCUUGUCAUAUGUUGACAUAUCCUACAAUCACUUGGAAGGUCCCCUUCCCAAUAGCCGCGCAUUUCGAGAUGCUCCGCCAGAAGCAUUAAAAGGGAACAUAGGUUUGUGUGGAAAUGUUGGAGCUUUACCACUCUGCAAGCAUGGCUCAAGAAAAGACCACAAACGGGUACACAUAAUCAUAUUCUCCCUUCUAGCUGCAGUUUUUCUUCUAUCUGCUUUCUUUACAAUUGUGUUUGUGGUGGAAAGAAGGAAGAAGCGUCAUGAUAAAGAACAAAACAACAUGCAGGAAGAAAUUUCCUUUUCAAUAUUAAAUUUUGAUGGAAAAACAAUGUAUGAGGAAAUCAUAAGGGCAACAGAUGAUUUUGAUUCCACAUAUUGCAUUGGGAAGGGAGGACAUGGAAGCGUCUACAGAGCGAAUUUGUCAAAUGCGAACAUAGUGGCAGUGAAGAAACUCCAUCUGCUGUGGGAUGGCACGACCAAUUUUCAAAAGGAAUUCUUAAAUGAAAUAAGGGCACUAACUGAGAUACGACACCGAAACAUUGUGAAGCUUUAUGGUUUCUGUUCACAUGCACGUCACUCGUUUUUGGUAUAUGAGUAUCUAGAAAGGGGCAGCUUGGCCACAAUGUUGAGCAAAGAUGAAGCUAAAGAAUUGGGGUGGAGUAAAAGGGUGAAUAUUGUGAAAGGUGUAGCUCAUGCCCUGUCUUACAUGCACCACGAUUGCUUGCCACCAAUUGUACAUCGUGACAUAUCAAGCAAGAACAUUUUGCUCGAUUCUGAAUAUGAGGCCUCUGUUUCGGACUUUGGCACUGCUAAGUUUUUGAACCCAGACUCAACAAAUUGGAGUGCCCUUGCUGGCACAUACGGAUAUAUGGCACCAGAGCUUGCUUAUACAAUGGAAGUAAAUGAGAAAUGCGACGUUUAUAGCUUUGGAGUAGUAGCGUUGGAAGUGAUAAUUGGAAGGCAUCCAGGAGAUCUGAUCUCAUCUCUGUCGUCAUCUUCUUCGUCGACAUCAUCACCAUCUGGAUUUCCUGCCCAUCAGAUGCCAAUUGUGGAUGUUUUAGACCAACGCAUUUCCCCUCCUACGCAUCAAGUUGCAGGGGAAUUGGUCUCUCUUGUUAUGAUAGCGUUUGCAUGUUUGAAUCCCAGUCCACAAUCUCGUCCCACAAUGAAACGAGUUUCUCAACAUCUCUCAACUAAGAGGCACCAUUUGUCAAAGCCAUUACGCAUGAUAACAUGCGGUGAAUUGCUUGCUCUCGAUGGUUUUACUAUCUGAUCAGGAUGUGCCUCUUUUCUAUAUUUCAUUAUGUUUCUGCCUUCUUCUAAUUAUUCUUAGAUGUUGCCUUGUUGUAAUCUAUUUCGAGCCAUUUCUGUGUUUGGUCUCGAACUUUAAUAAGG